GCGACGCCUUUUUCCUUCGAAUCAAGGUCCUCUUCUCCAUUUCUCUCGCCGAGAUUGACACAGAGAGAAUCCAGGACCGACUACCACGUAACAGUAAUCGCCAGGAGAGAGAGAGCGCGCGCGCGCGCGCGAUCUGAGCGGGUAAAUGGGCACGCUUCAGACGUUUAGAAAGGCCUACGGCGCCCUCAAAGACUCCACCAAAGUCGGUCUCGCUCAUGUCAACAGUGAUUACGCGGACUUGGAUGUUGCCAUAGUCAAAGCAACCAACCAUGUCGAGUGUCCGCCUAAGGAACGACACCUUCGAAAAAUCUUGCUGACAACGUCUGCGGUUCGACCUCGAGCGGAUGUUGCUUAUUGCAUCCAUGCCCUUUCCCGUCGAUUGGCCAAGACUCACAAUUGGACGGUGGCAUUAAAAACACUGAUUGUAAUCCAUAGAUUGUUAAGGGAGGGUGAUCCUACAUUUAGAGAGGAAUUACUUAAUUUCUCCCAGAGAGGACGUAUUCUUCAACUUUCUAAUUUCAAGGAUGAUUCAAGCCCUAUAGCAUGGGAUUGCUCGGGCUGGGUACGUACAUAUGCUUUGUUCUUGGAAGAAAGACUGGAAUGCUUCAGGAUUUUGAAAUAUGACAUUGAAUCAGAACGACUUCCAAGACCUUCCCAAGGACAGGAUAAGGGCUACAGUAAAACUCGAGAAUUGGACAGUGAAGAACUGUUGGAGCAGUUGCCUGCUUUGCAGCAGCUGCUGUAUCGACUUAUUGGUUGUCGGCCUGAAGGUGCAGCUGUUGCCAAUUAUGUUAUACAGUACGCUUUGGCGCUGGUACUGAAGGAGAGCUUUAAAAUCUACUGUGCUAUUAAUGAUGGAAUCAUCAAUCUUGUUGAUAAGUUUUUUGAGAUGCCAAGACAUGAAGCUAUUAGCGCUCUUGAUAUCUACAAAAGAGCUGGCCAGCAGGCUGGGAACCUUUCUGAUUUCUAUGAGGUUUGCAGAGGAUUGGAACUUGCAAGGAAUUUCCAAUUUCCUGUUUUGAGAGAGCCUCCGCAAUCCUUUCUUACUACCAUGGAAGAGUACAUAAAGGAGGCCCCCCGAAUGGUUACUGUUCCAAGUGAGCCACUGCUUCUGACAUAUAGGCCAGAGGAAGGACCAUCUGAAGACACCAAAUUAGACGCUGAUGAACCUGAACCUCCACCUCCUGAUGAGGUUAUUGUGUCUAAUGUCGAUGUCACUCCUGCUGCUACCCCUCCUCAGAACAACAUGGAGACAGGAGAUCUACUGGGAUUGGAUUAUGGUGCACCAAAUGCAUUUGUGAUUGAGGAACAAAAUGCCUUGGCUUUGGCCAUAGUAACUACAGAAUCUGAUGCUGCGCCAACAUUUAACUCUAGUGCUUCUCAAGCAAAAGACUUUGAUCCUACUGGAUGGGAACUUGCCCUGGUCACAACCCCAAGUAGCAACUUAUCCUCAGCCAAUGAACCGCAACUGGCUGGUGGAUUAGACUCGCUCACUCUCAACAGUCUGUAUGAUGAAGCAGCAUAUCGAGCUGCCCGGCAGCCUGCUUAUGGAGGGGCAGCUCCAAAUCCGUUUGAGGUACAGGAUCCUUUUGCUAUGUCUAAUGGCGUUGCUCCCCCUCCUACUGUUCAAAUGGCCGCAAUGGCUCAACAGCCGCCCAAUCCUUUCAUGCAAUACCCUCCUACUUACCAGCAGCAGCCAUUUCAGCAGCAAAAUGUGAUGAUGAGACCAACAAAUCCUUUUGGCGAUCCAGCGUUUGGGUCAUUUCCUGCAAAUCCUGUUCCUCAUCAACAAGCUGCGAAUCCAUUUGGGAGCUCAGGCCUUUUGUAAUCACUUAUUUUGAAUAAUUUGGUAAUGUAAUGUAGGUUGUGCAGAUGGCGUUUGUGUUUUGGAAGUGAGUAAAGCGGGGGUGAGGUUUUUCUCUCUUCAGCCCACGAGAGCUGGUGGCUUUUUGCUUGAAUCAUUAUGUUUGUUUGGGUUGUCAAACCCUUGAGUGAAUAGUGAGAGAUGUAAUAAUCAGACAGAGAUUACAGUUCAUAAUAUCAUAUCAUUUGUUACUCUC